AUGGCGGCGACUUUGCCAUACGAAGGUCCGUUUCUACGUCUCUCAGCUGACUACUUCACGGACGAUUUCUCACGGUUAUUCCGCGCAGAUUACGUUGCGUUGUCAGGACUAGUGCUCGACUGGGUCGACAGCUAUGACAGCAAGGCAUGUGACUGGGACAGGCUGAAGACCAUCCUAGCGCCAAAACUCACGGUCGAUUACAGCAGUAUUGGAGGUCCGAAGCAUAAGAAAAUGGCAGCGGAAGACUUUGUCGCCGUGAUUAGCGGCCCCGAGAUGUUUGGCGAUGCUUCACUGGGUACACAGCACCUCAUUGGCGCCUCCAAGUGGGAGAGGGUUGAUGAGAACAAGGUUGUUGGCCACCACCAGAUGCGCUCCACAUCCGUACGCCUGACUGGCGCCGACAGCGGGGAAGGAAAGGUCGAGGCGGAUCGGAGGGUUGUUGUCAUGCAGUCUUACGUUAAAGCCGACGGAAAGUGGAAGUUAGCUGGGCUGAAGCCGAUGAGUCGCUGA